AUGGAUUCAGGCGACAUGAUGCGACAAGAUGCCGACGGCCGCGUCUUCUUCGUUGACCGUCUAGGCGAUACGUUCCGUUGGAAGUCAGAGAACGUAUCGACAAACGAAGUAGCCGACAUGCUCGGAAAGUUCCCGCAGAUCGCUGAAACGAACGCAUACGGCGUCCUUGUGCCUGGCUACGACGGCCGAGCGGGCACUGCAUCUAUCGUUAUGGCAGAUGGAGUCACAGAGUCAACAUUCGACUUCGCAGCUCUGGCAAAGCACGCGAAAGCGGUCUUACCGAGUUAUGCAGUGCCGCUGUUUCUGAGAGUGACGCCUGCAUUAGAGUAUACGGGUACUUUAAAGAUUCAAAAGGGUAGAUUGAAGAAGGAAGGUGUUGAUCCGGAUAAAAUCACUGGAGAGGAUAAGCUGUACUGGCUACCGGAAGGUAGUGAUCGCUAUCUUCCAUUCACGAAGAAGGAUUGGGAGGCUGUAGUAGAGAAGAGAGUACGGUUGUCAUAG